UUUAAGCAAAAACAAAUAUACAAACAUACAUUUAGUGUUAUAAUAUGCGUUAUAAAAUGUUUCAGUUAAUAUAUUAGUUAUGCUAUAUAUAUCUUCUAACGUGUGCUGAAAUUUUAAUAUUUUAUUUGUUUAGUGAAUUUCAAAGAGAUGAACAGUAUUUUAAUAAAAUUCCUUGUCGAAAAGUUUAUUUUUUUGCAACAUUAACAACAUGAGAACACAGGAAUUUGCUUGUUACCGAGGUUAGAUGUUUACUCAUCACUCGUGAGUUCUGAAAUACAUGCUUACAUUUUUUCUUUCUUUCAAGGACGUGCAGGUCGCUUGCCGAGUUGAACCCGUCUAUUUCUCUCACGCAUUCGUUUGCAUUCACACGUCCAUUUGAUUACUUCCUUCAGUCGCAGAUGGCCUUCGAACCUGAACUCUCACGUCUGGGAAUAUUCAGUUCCCGUGAAAUCGCAUAAGAUAGUGAAACCUGUCAUUCGAUAACUAUGUCGAAAGGUCAGCAAGACACUUGUGGGAAACUUGUUUUAAGGAAAACAUUACUUUGAAAGAUCGCGUAACAUAUCGCCAAGUGCAAUGCACUUUUAGUUAGUGUAGUUGUUAAUUUCAAGGGCUAUAUUUGGGAACUAAUUGACGCCAUAUUGGUUUUAGUAGUUUUUGUGCCAGAACAAUUUUUUAUCAAUUUAAUAUUAAAAAUAAGCUUUCGUUAAAGGUUAGAUAGCACACACAAUAUUUACAAAAAUACUAUAAAAAAUCUGGCUUAUAACGGUAUUUUUGUUACCUAGUCGUUGGAAAUUAGAAUGGCAACAAGAGCUUAAGGAAACACAGAGCAAUGUAUAACACAUAUUUAGUACGGCAUGUACAGAGAUUUAUUCACACAUUAUACAAACACAUAUAAUCCUCAUACAUUAAUAUAAAUUUUCUUAUUAUGUUGGCUGUUACACAUUACUGCUACAAUUCAUGUUCCAGCGAUUAACAAAACACCUGAAAUAAAUUUAUACAAAAUUACGUACCAUUCACUACUUUUUAAACAUUUUCUCAUAACCACACGAAUUAUUCCUCAAUAAAUAAUUCUAACUGGACCCUUUUCUUUUAGUUAUAAUUACAAAUUCUUUUUAAUACAAAAUACUUAAACCUUCACUUACAGAUCAAAAUUAGACAUUGUUUUAACAGUACCAGAGACUUAGGAACGAGAUAUUUCUAACACAAUUUAAAUUUCAACACUUCUCCCCAAAUAAAAUUGGCUAAAAUCUUCAGUGUCGUUUAAGUGAUAGCGGCGAGUGUUUUUUUAUUUCCGUUGAUCCUUGACCUGAUCACCCCAGUCGGACCGGAAACAUCGACGGAGCGAAUUUCUUUAUUCUACCUCUGCCGCCGUGCUGAUUCCCUGAUACUUGCACAUUUUCGCCGGCUCUUAAUUCACACUAUUUGGUAAUAAAACGAACACUAUACUAGUGCAGAGAAUUGGAGACAAAUCACCUAACAUGCUGUUGCUUGAAAUUAUUUUAAAACAGUUUUUCAUUAAAAAUUUACCUCCUUGUUUAUGUUCAUAGGUAGUCUUAAACGCCACGACUGAUAGUCCCGCUAAUGCCACUGCACUACGCCCUUAACGUUUUAAUCAAGUAGUAGCACCUUUUAUUUUCACCGUAUUAAUAGAACGAGAAAAAAUAUAUAUAUUUUUUUUUAAAGUAUUGCUGAGCAGAACUCUGUUAUGCUCCUAGUCGCAAACCACUUCAUGACCCUCGGCGGAAUUUUCUAUGUUCCCCUUGGUCAUUUUACUGCAAAGUCCGACACAUACUUUUUACUUCCGAAGUCCCGUGCCAACUUGCAAAUUGUUACUGGGCUACCACUGAAUUAUUACCAAGUCCGUAACUGACUUGUAUAAUUUGCGGCCUCUCUUACCGCCUUUUUCGGCAUCCGUGCGCAGCUUGAAGACCUCAGCGGGCAGCCUUUCGGCGUCGAUGAUCGAAGGUGCGGGUCGUGGUCACCGCAUUAUUCACGCAGCCGGUUGAGAGAAGACUCUGUGGAACUCGUGCUAGCAGCCUGCUUAUAUACUCGCUGCGCUCCAUACUAAAACAGCGAGGAAUAUUCUGGACAUCCUGAAUCGGAAACGUGGCUCGGAAACUUCCGACCACGUCCACGUGCUCCGAUCAAAGGCGAUUCGGCACGAGUGGACCCGAGGAUCUGCUAUCCAACGCGCAUCAAUUGAAAUUCGCGCGCCGAGUCCGUGCAGUGUAUGGCGGGUGGUAUCCCACUAGCCCGCAGGGGCGAGUUUCCUCGUUACGCAGUACCAACCUGCGUAACAUUUUUACAAUUGUAGCUAUCAAAAAGAAAUUAAUAACACAAUUAACGUCACAGGUGACUAUUUGUAGCAGCCAUUUUUAACUUCAGGCAUUGAAUUAAAUUAUUUAACGUGUUUAAUGAAACCUAAUUUAUAAAAUCAAAACUAUAGAACAUUGUGAUGGUGGCAAAUUGUCAGAACAAAUAUGACAUCUUUCGGUUCCUAUGUAACCCCCUCCGUCCCUCUAAUUUGGUAGGGCAUUGUGGGGAACGGGAGAGUAUGUUUGUGCCGGAUCGCUCGCCUCUCGGCAGGUCACACCCAGAUGUUUCCAAACCGGGGAACGUGGCGGACGCUUCAGAGAACCGGUGGUUUUUUUAUUCUGUGUGUUCCCGUUUUCCUCGUCGAUGUAUUUCAUCUCUUCAUCCUUCAUCUAUUCUAAUGAUGGUUCGGAGCCCAGUGUUUUCUCCGAGGUACUUUCUAGCCUUCCCUUGCACCACCUUGCACAGCAAAGCCCUGCCGUGUAUCGUUCCAGUAAGCAAGAGCUGUUAUUUGCCGGCUCGGGGUAUUUACAUGCCGCGUUUCCGUGGUCGGAAGUCAUGUGCCACAUCCAUACCGCGAAGACUGACCACAGUGCCGUCAAACGCACCGGACCCUGGGUUCCUGUUCGUGUUGUUCGUCUGCUGGCGCCAGUUUGUUGGUCCCGAACUACGUACAGGAUGAGUCUCUUAUUAGAGGCCUCGUGGGACACGUGUGAACUGGUUUGAGUUCCGGAGUUCUUCGAGCGCACGAGGGUUGUUGCUUUCCGCCCUAUCCUAGAAGAAAUCAACAGGUUUUUGAAUCUUGAGAACUAUUUGGGCAAGGCUGGUUGUUUGCGCCACGGCUGAUGACGGUAGGAGCUUACGCAGAAUUUCCUUGGUGUGUUGGGGGAUAGCCACUUUCGUCGCUGUUUGCUUUCAUUAAGAUUAUUUCCAUUUGUUGGCGUGAAUGAUGGAUUUAUUUUGGAUGAUUAAGGGGGGGGGGUUUAUACUCCCCUUGCUUACACCCCUGGAUGUAUGGGGCCUCUUUUAACACUCAUCAUGUACGUGGUUACGUCACACGCCUGAUGUCGAACGCCCAUGAGCACGACUGCAUUGGCGGACACUUGUAACAUCGCUGGGGGGGGGGGGGAAUAGAGGAAUCCAUACAUAACAAUUUUUACUUUCCAACUGAUCAUUUACUUACCAACAUGUAUAUUUUAUGAAUUUUAUUGUGAUGUUCAGGUUAGAUCCCUUAAACUAUACGGAUGUACAGUCAUGAUUAAAAUGAUAUAAUUUAUCCCAUGAUUGUUUAUUGAAUAAAAUGUUUUGCGUUGAAAGACUGAAUGAAUUUGUCGAAAAAAAAGUGCCCUGGUUGUUGAGAUAGUCUAAAAUGCUGAAUUACGGCUUUCGCCUAGCCGAUAUGUGUGCUUUUCCUCGUGAAACACACGUUCUGUCCGUCGGUUUCAUAUUACGAUUAUUCAAGAGGAAUUGUUAAACGCACAUUUCUUGAACGAUAUACAUAUGUCGAGUAAUUUUAAAUGUAUGACGAAAACAUAAGUAGGGAAUUUAGGUGUGUUUUUUUUUCUCCACAUGUAUUACACUGCCAGCGGGAUAUUUUGAAAGCUUAGCGAACGACGAAACUACCCGUAAACAAGGGAGAAGAGUUAAAUAUAUUAAUUUUUUAAUAAUUGGAGGUAUAUAGCUGCUUGGUGAAAAAAAAAAUACAAGCCUUGUCUGGUAUUUAUUUUGUUCAGAAACUGAUUCUACGGCCGUCAGACUUCUGUAAAUUAUUAUGCGCAGUAUAUAAAUAGGAGAUAUAUGUGUAUAUAUAUAUAUAUAUAUAUAUAUAUAUAUAUAUAUAUAUCAAUAGGAUAUAUAUAUAUAUAGCGUGAAUUCAAACUAAUGGCAUGAGUUAAGAAUUAAAAAAAAACUAUGAUGUUGAGUCAAUAAGGUUGAUUGUGGAUUUUAUUACGCCAGGCAAGGUCGACCUAUCGUAGUGUUUGUACACGCUUCUAAUGUGGACGGUCGUGAUUCACAAUGCGAAGUUACGAUUUCCACAGGCUGAGUCAUGUAAUUUGUUUUUUUCCACGCGAGGUUGCCAUAAAUAAAGAGAUAAAUCGGUAACAAAGAAUCGUUUAUGCGGCGAGCUCGCAGCGCACUAGGUGGAACUGGACUACUUCAGUUUUAGGAUAAGAUACUGGUUGGCGAUACGUGUAAGUGUGCGGGUGAUUUGUUUCUGUUAACGGUACGAAGUCCCGGGGCGGGGUUGCUGCAAAGUGGGAGUGACGUAACUGCCUCUCGUCGACCGAGUCGCGGAGCUGAAGAACUUAGGUGAUGACAGUUAACGUGUCUGCCAUUGGUAUCUGGGUUGUGUUAGGCCCUCCUCACACGGGGAUACUGAAGUUGCUUAGAUACCGCGAGACUCGGCGACCGAGCGACUCGUCAUGUAGAUAGGCAUGGCGUCACUCAGACGGCGAUACUGGAGUGGCGGAGACUGGAAGUCGUAAGCAACGUAAAUCCCGGCGACUCAGCAUGCUGGUCUCCACGCUACUCCAGUAGCCUACGCGGCGCGAUACUGUAUUGUAGCGAACAAUGGGCGAGCAGGCGUUUAAUAUCAAAUUUGUAAACGAAGUUGAGAAACACCCAGAACUCUAUAACUACAAGUUGAAAGGGUAUUCAAAAAAGGAUGUGACUGACAAAGCAUGGAAUGAUGUCGCAAAAGAAGUGCAACUCACAGUUAACGAAUGCAAAGAAAAAUGGAAAAAUCUCCGUUCAGUUUUUGUCCGUCACAUAAAGCCACCUCCAAGUGGUUCAAGUUCCAAAAAUAAGAAACCAUAUUAUCUAUCGGAGGCAAUGAAAUUUACCCUACCAUUCAUAAAAACGCUUGGUACACCAUCGGGGAAUUUGCCAGAAGUCAUCAAUGAACAAAACCUGGAACACAGUUCAUCUGACCCAACACAAAAUACGGAAGACGUUGCGGCUGAAGAGGAGGAAUAUAUCUCAGAUAACGCAAUACUAACUACAACACCACAACUUUCCCUUCCUUCACCUAUGCUGCCAAAUACUGACUUCUCGCAAGAACAUGCUCAUCAUUCCCAACAAAUGACUCAUGAUCCCUUUUCCAACCCAAAAGAUAAUUUAUCAAAGCGUAAAAAGCAAACAGUGACGGAAGUGGACAAGUCCUUUAUGGAAUACAUGAAUGCAAAGAAAAGGAAACUUGAAUCGAAUUCAAACGAUGAUAGGCAAGUAAAAAAGUCGUUUCUUCUAAGCCUUUUACCAGAAAUCGAACCUUUGACAGAUGCACAAAUGAAAUCAUUCCGACGUAGGGUUCUGCAGCUUAUUGAUGACAUCACGAAUCCAAAAGACAUGCACCAACACGUACCAGCUUACCAACAGACCCCAACUUACUCCUACAGUGUUUCCACGCAUUCAUCGUUGGCUACAGAUAAUGCUUCAAUUUGUUCGUCGCCUGGAAAUCAAACUAUUCCACAGAAAGUACAAGAUACUGAAACGCAACAGUAUUUUGAAGUCAUCCAAGAGACUUUACAAUAUGAGCAGGAACAUAAUGUGAUGUGAUGUUUUGUUGGGUGUGUAAACAUAUAACUUUGGUGUACGUGUUUUUAUCUCUAUUAUGUUGUUUAUUUUUGUGUUUACAGUCAUGAUUUGAAUGUUUGUGUAAUGGGUAUUCUUUAAAUAGUUUAUAUAUAUACAUUUUUUCUUUUGCAGUACAUUAUUUGAAUGUGUAUUUCUUAGGUAUAUUUGAAUUAAACAUUGGAAUGAAUUUAUGCAUAAGAUAUGUUUAUACUUUCACCUUUCAGUUGACUGGAAUACUUGGGUAUAAAUAACUUUAGAUUAUUUAACCUGUUAACGUUAAAGUGCACAUUCUUAAGAUCCAUACAACAGCCAUUUUCCACAGAUAAAAUAAGUAAUUGCGGCCUCAAGUUAAAAUGCAUACAUUGUUUUUAUUCGCCAAGCAUCAGUAUAUACGUUAAAAUACUUGGAAAGAAAUAGAUUUGUGUUGAAGGGAAACAUUUAGAAGUGCCUUAACAAAAAUUCGUAAUAAUUUGUAUUUCUUAACUUACUUACCUCAAAGUUAUCAGCAAUCGUUCACCGGGGCUCACGCAUUCCCUCAUAGUGGUAUCCCUAUAAUACAUCGCAGGUGUAACAAUUUCCGUUAACAUUUGGUAAGUCUCCUUCGUCAUUCUGUAGAAAGCGAUGAAUUUUGAGUCUGUCUCUUGCAAUUCUUUGGCCGCGACAAAUAAUCUACAAUUAAUGUUCCUUUCUAUAUAUGGAUGAACCCACAAUCUUUUCCUACUUCGUUUUCUAUAAUGUUGAUAAUAUUGGAUAACAAUAUCACUAUCGUCACUGCUGUUAUCACUGGACAUUACAUACAAUAUAUAGGCACUUCACGGUUCCACAAGAUACUCGGGCUGUACUCACGAUGCAUUUUUUCCUCCCAGUCUCUGAUAUUUUAGUAGCGUCGUGUGAAGAUAACGGGCGACUAGAGUCACCCAGUCACACAGUUGCCUAGUCUCCAGGCUACCAGCGAUCGUUUUGUAGGCAACUUCAGUAUCCCCGUGUGAGGAGGGCCUUAGAAUUACAGUAGAGUCCUGCUAAUCCGAACCCCGCUAAUCAGAAAAUCCGCCUAAUCCGAACAGGGCAAAUACAAAAAAUUUAAUAUUUUUAACAUUUAAGAACUAGGAAAAGUAAAGAAAAACAAGUUGUUUUCAAGUAAUGUUGUACGUUUAUUAAUAUGUACAUAAGAAACUUAUAAUUUAUCUAUUUCACUGUCUAACUGAAAAUAGAAAAAUAUUGGAUUAGGUACAUAGUACUUAAAGACAUAUGUACGUAUUGAAAAUUUUUGAAUUUAUUUACAUACUAUAUGUAGAAUUAAUGUUCUGUACAGGAUUGACACAAAACAAAACGUAAAAAAAGCAAACCAUUAUCUAAGAGGCAAAGUCAGUAAUCUUCCUUUGACGCAAUGCACUAAAUCGGCUUGAAGAUGCAAUGUUUCGCCAACGCCGCAUAAACAUAUGUUGGGGUUGCAUCGGCAUGUUGCUCGACGUAGCGCAAAGCUAUAUCAAGGGCGCUGGCUGCGGCAGUGUGAGAAACAACAUCGGUCGGCGCGUUCCCUUCCUCCUCACUGUCGUCUGCAUCGAGAUCAUUUGCUACGAUAUCUUCAUCUGUGUAUUCCUCGUGGCCACAGUCGUCAAUGGCCGUCCACUUUUCAACGCACUCUUCUGCAUUUUCGCAACCUGGUACAAUUUUUUUCACUACUUGAAGAAUUUCAAACUUUUCUUUUGCCGGGAGGAAGGCCGUUUGGACAAACUCUAAAUGAGGCCAGAGAUUUUUUUAGAGAAUCCGUAAGCCUAUGCGGGAAGGAGGAUGGGGGCUUUGUUUACUCUGGUUGAAGUUCACUGCCCUUCCGCUAAUAUACACUCACGAACCGCCCUUCAUUUCGACCUAAUGUUGUCACGUGAUGUAGGCUGUUGGAUUUGUUAAACUCGGAAUAUUUGAAAUUGUAGUUUAGGCUAUGUGAGCAAUUAAAAAUAUUAUAUGAUACUAAAUAUGUACGCUAAAUAAUAAAGGUGUAUUUUUCGUCUGACUUUUCAUUCAUAUUUGACAUAUCAGACACUAAAUACGCCUCAAAAAGACAAUAUAUGGCAUCAUAUGACAAAGUUCCGCCUAAUCCGAAUUUUCGCUAAUCUGAACAGGGUUCGGUCCCAAUUAGUUCGGAUUGGCGGGAUUCUACUGUACAUUCUUUACGUUAGUACUAUAUACGUUGUGCUUACAUGUUUACAUUGUACCGGACUAUGGUGUUUUUCAAUGUUGUUAAAUUUACCACGUAAAAAUUAAUUCACCCACCUUAAAAUUUUAAAUUGAAAAUGGUUGUAAUUACAUAUUUGUAUUUUAAGUGUAAAGGGAAAAUUAAUUUAAAAAAAAAAACCUUAGUUAGGAAGAUAAUGGUGAUUUCAGAUUAUAUUAUGGCUUAAAAUUUCGCUUUCCGAGUGUUAUUCUGUAAUUAAUGGUUGGUAGUGAAGAGUCUUUAAAUACUGCGUUCUGUGUUCAAGUACUUUCGGUAGUCCGGCACCAAUAGAUGUGUUACGCGUUCACAAUUUUUUCGGGAGGAUUCCAGCUUAUGAACUCGGCGACCAGGUCGCAUUACUGCGCUGCCGACGCUUUUAAUCCCUCAAACAAAGUUUAUCGUUACUGUCAGUUUUAAUUUAAGCCCAGUGUUUCCUGUUUGCUAGCGGGCCUCAUCUCAAAUCUUCACAGUUGGUAUUACCGUUAAAACUAUACUGAAGACCGAUAAUCAGACUAUAUCAUGGUCCUCAACGUGCCGGUGAAGACCUUUCGCUAAAUAAAGAUUAGUCAAAAAUUAUUUUAAAGACACACACUAUUGAGGAUAGGAAAUUCACCAAUACUAAAUUUAACACAUUUUAACGUUGUUAUUAAUACAGCAACAUUUUCUGACUUUUGUCACACAGCUUUUUAUUUUUAGUAAAAGGCUUAUAUUAUUUUAUAUUAUUAUACCUACUGAAAUAUUUGGGGCAUUGUAAAUACAUUCAGAACUCAGGGUAGAUAGAUCCAGUGCAAUAUUGUAUUAUAAUUCCUGUUUCUCCGUUCGGAGAGCCAAUACCUAACCAUCAUCUUCAACCACCAUACUUUCUGAGGUACCCUCGUAUUCAUAAUGAAUGAAUCUUAGUGUGACACAUAAUAACACAAGAAUAAUUCUCAAUAAAAAAAAAAUUAUUUAUGCUUGGAGGGAAUAUUUCGAAAGUUUGUGGCCUACCGUUUUAACUGUCGUAAGUUUACCGUAAGAUGGAACUCAAAUGUUAUCUCGGUUGUUCAAUUUCACUGCAGGUUUUAUUUUGCCGUCAAGACAAGCGCCAGUAGUUGUGUCCGCGAGACGUCGCGGUGUCUUGAAAGACGCUUUGUGCUUGAGACGGCGCCGAAUCCCUUCCCAUCCUGUUGUCAACCAAUAAGUCGUUCCUGGGGCCGGGUCGCCUGGGGCAUGGCCGGUGACGCAGGCCGAGGGACGUGGAAGAUAACACGGGAGUAGUCAUACCGCAAGUCAGUCAUGCACACACGAUCAAUCCGACCUGUCAGUCGGAACUGCCGUUUGUGAGCACGGACGAUGGACUGAUGAGUCGCAACUGAUGGACUGACGAACUGAUGGCUUCCCAUCAAUUUGGACUUUGGGCUCGAGAGCCCUCGGUUAGAAAUGACAGUGUCUAGCCAGUCUAUAAACUGUCAGUCCAUCAGUCGAGGGUUGGGACAGACAUCUUUGUUUAAACUCUUUAGGUUUUUUUUUCCCCCCCCUUAGUCCAACUACAAGUGCAACUGCAACUGCAGCAUACAAGUUUCUUCUAUAUUCUACGAUCAAACACUACAUUAAACAGAAACAGCAACAGCAACAUCAACACAGCAGAGGGCUUCAAUUCAAUCCAAACUGUCAGUUCGGACUGAGCGGUCCAAACUAGUCCGGAGUUUGUGUUAGUGAUGCGCUCGCCGGUGCUUCUAGCGCGGUAUCGCCUCUAAGCGCAAGGCUCUGAACUGGCGCGCAGUCUUCUCGUCGUGCAUAGGACAACUAUGAGAUUUGAGUGGUAAACAUAACAUGUGCCGAAGAAAUUACGGUAAAGGUAUAAUGCAACCCCGUUAAGUGCUUUCAAAAAUCGGUACAGGUUUUUUAAUGCCUAAAAAUUACUCUGGGAACAUGCGUUUUAGCUAUUUUCACUCUUCUAAAAAAUACAAUUUGAAAACUUAAUCCGGAAACGAAACAUCUUAUCCGCCCUUAGCGAAUUCUUAAAUGCUUUUCGUAAAACAGACGCCACUCGGAUAUCUUAAACAGUUUCCAAAUAGCUUUGUUUUUAUUGAAGCUCUGAACACCAUAUAUGUGCCCAGGUUGGCGGGGCUCAUAAGAGAAAACUUUUUAAGGGAUAGUUAGCGUGUGCUAUUUACUUUUUCCUUGGUUUAAUUAUCUAGUUUCUGUUAAACUCUUUCUUGCUAAUUUAAAUGGUCACAUGCUACAAUAAUUACAAUUUUUUUUUUGCGUUUUACAUUAAAACUUUUCACCUAGCAUCUAGUCCAUAAACUUCUGGCCCUAUUUAUUACAUGCAUGUUCACUUUUGUGGAAAAAAGAGAUCUUUUUCAACGUAUUCGAAAAUGCAAAUGGAUAAAAUUGCAUUUUUUUUAAACUCUUAAAAGAAACUCAAGUUUUAUGACUAAAGAUUUUAUUUGAUAUUAUUUUAUUUUGCGAUUUAGUUAACUUUUUUAAUUGCGAUGUAGUACCUACCAGGAACAAAUGUUUGGUUUCAAAAAUGUGUUUACGUGAAAAUUUGUGUGUUUGUGUCAUGUGACCUUUUACCGCUGGGCCCCUGGAGUAUUCACCUCGCUGCAUUAUCGACGUCCGCACGCCGCUCAAAGCGGCCGUGUCUGUUCGCUUGGAAGCCCGGUGUUCCGUCCUCGGCUGCUUGUGGUUUCAAGUACACGUCAACUUUCCAUUGUUUCUUAGGUUGUAAAUGUGUUGCUUUCUUCACCAAACCACCCCCCCCCCCCCCCCCAAAAAAAAAAAAAUGUAUCCAACCCAGGUAAGACAGACAAAUUUAAGCCUACAACGCUUUAUUACAAGCUCAAUUCUAUUGUAGUUUGUAUAAAGUUAUAUAUAUAUUUUUUUUACAUAAAUUUUUCACCUGUAAGUUGAAUUUUUUUCUUGUUAUUUUAUGCUAAUUCAUAGCAAAAAUAUAGAAAGUAUAAAUUUUUUUACUGUUAUUUGUUAUUUAGACAAACUUCGCGACAAAUUUUGCUCCGCACGACUUUGACUUGUACGUAAAAAUUGAUUUACUUUUAGUAUUUUAAUCUUUCCUUUCAUGAUCUACGAUUCCAUUGGAACUUCUACACAGACAAUCAUCGAAAUGCCCUAGCACAUGUGUUGAUGUCUUGCUCGAUUUCAAACAAAGAAAAA